CCAGUAGAUAGCAAGCAGCCAACUCGACAAGUGUACAUGUCUCUCGAGCCCCAACACUCUUCAGUCAUCCAUGUGCUGUCGUCUAAGCAAUACCGGCUUCAAAAUAAUUAUUUUUAUUCAAGUCCCAAGUCUAUACUUUUUUUACGACUGCUUCGACAACAGGUAUAAUUAUCUAAAGUGCUCAGUUUUUCGUCAAGUUGUGUGAAUUUGAUUUUUAUAUUAGCACAAAGACCUGUUGGUUUUACAAUAUCAAAUAUUUUACGAAGUUUAUUGUGGAUAUUGAUGUAUAUUAGUGGAUCUAUAAGAUCUUUGACGUUAGUAAACAAAUAAUUAACCUACAAAAACGAAGGAAAUCUACAAAGAUGGAUAGCUGCAAUGUUCAAAAGCAUUCAGUUCAUACUCUAGUGUUUCGCUCACUUAAAAGGACACACGACAUGUUUUUAGCAAAUCAAAGUUUGUUACCUCCUGUAGAUCCAGCUAUCGAGAAAUUACGCAGAUCCAUCAAAGCUAAAGAUAGCUACAAAACAGUACUCCACGAAGUCGAUUUAGAGAAUGAAAUGAUCAAGAGGCGAAAAGCAAAUGACCCAAGCUCUGUAGCUACUCAAGAAGAAUCUCCCAUAAGUAACAGUUUAGCCUUAGUAUCAAGUAAUGCUACAACAGAAAAUGCUGUUUCAAAUAUUAUUUCUAAUCCAAUAAAGAAAACACCCACUAUGGCAAAACCAAAGUGGCAUGCCCCCUGGAAGUUAUACAGGGUUAUAAGUGGACAUUUGGGGUGGGUGCGCUGUUGUGCUGUGGAACCAGGCAAUGAGUGGUUCGCAACUGGAUCUGCAGAUCGGAUUAUCAAAGUCUGGGACUUAGCAAGUGGACAAUUGAAGAUAUCGUUGACUGGACAUAUUAGCAGUGUAAGAGGUCUUGCAUUUUCUCCAAGACAUCCUUAUCUAUUUUCAUGUGGUGAAGAUAAACAAGUUAAAUGUUGGGAUUUGGAGUACAACAAAGUAAUUCGACACUAUCACGGACACUUGUCCGCUGUUUAUUCUUUGGCACUGCAUCCUACCAUAGAUGUAUUGGUUACAGCUGGUAGAGAUUGUACCGCAAGAGUAUGGGAUAUGAGAACAAAAGUAAAUGUUCAUACACUUUCAGGACAUACCAAUACAAUAGCUAGCGUUGUAUGUCAAGCCACGGACCCACAAGUUAUAACUGGUAGCCAUGAUAGCACAAUCAGGCUAUAUGAUUUGGCAGCUGGAAAAUCUAGAGCAACUCUCACAAAUCAUAAAAAGAGUGUGAGAGCUCUGACAUUCCAUCCAACGUUAAAUAUGUUUGCCUCUGGCUCGCCAGAUAAUAUAAAACAGUGGAAAGCUGAUGAUGGAAAAUUCAUUCAAAAUUUAUCUGGUCACAAUGCCAUCAUCAACUGCCUUGCUGCAAAUGAGGAUGGAGUUUUGGUAUCAGGUGCAGACAAUGGUACCAUGCAUUUAUGGGAUUGGAGAACUGGAUACAAUUUCCAGCGGCUACAAGCUCCAGUUCAACCUGGUUCAAUGGACUCUGAAGCUGGUGUAUUUAGUGUAACAUUUGAUCAUUCAGGAACAAGAAUGAUUACAACAGAAGCUGAUAAAACCAUCAAAAUAUACAAAGAAGAUGACACAGCAUCAGAAGAAACUCACCCUAUCAAUUGGAAGCCCGAAAUAAUAAAAAGAAGAAAGUACUAGAAAAUAUUUUAGUUAAUGGAUGUUCACUUACAGUCUAAUUACUAUCAAGUAUUUGAUAAAAUUAAGCAACCACGAUUAUUUUUAAUUUAGGUCA